AGCGAUGUGUGUGUCGCUCUCUGGUCCAGGAGACGGGGAGGGCUCGAGCAAGGCGGCGGUGAAGGAAUGGGGAGCAGGUGUCUUUGCCACAUAGAGUCCUGAGGGGGUUUGGCCAAUCGCCAGACCCGAGGGAGCUGCCCGGGCCAUUUCGGCGCUCUCGGAGUCACUUUCCCUCUCCCUCUUCCCGUCAGCAAUGGUUGUCCACGCCGACCCCAUCCAACUCAGCCAGCGGGCACUGGACCACGCAGAGACCCUCGGCCAUCGGCAGGAGCUAGCUCUCUCAACCUCCCCCACGGAAACCCCUUACCCCAGCCUGCUGGCCAACCUGAGCAACUCCACCGAUUGCGGCGAGGAGAUUUUGCUGUAUGGCGACGUGGAGAAAGUCAUAAUCGGGGUCGUGCUGUCCAUCAUCACCCUGUGGACCAUCGCAGGCAACGCCAUGGUCAUCAUCUCGGUCUGCAUCGUCAAGAAGCUCCGGCAGCCUUCCAACUACCUGGUGGUGAGUCUGGCGGCCGCCGACCUCUCGGUGGCUCUGGCCGUCAUGCCGUUCGUGAUCAUCACUGACCUGCUCGGGGGAGAGUGGCUCUUCGGCAAAGUUUUCUGCAACGUUUUCAUCGCCAUGGAUGUCAUGUGCUGCACGGCUUCUAUCAUGACCCUGUGUGUAAUCAGUGUGGAUAGAUACUUGGGAAUAACACGCCCUCUGACGUACCCGGUGAGACAGAAUGGGAGGUCGAUGGCCAAAAUGGUGUUAACUGUUUGGCUCCUUUCGGCAUCCAUAACUCUGCCACCAUUGUUUGGUUGGGCCAAGAAUGUCACGGUGGACAGGGUGUGUCUCAUCAGUCAAGACUUUGGGUACACUGUCUACUCCACGGGCGUAGCCUUUUAUAUUCCCAUGACUGUCAUGCUGAUUAUGUAUUACCGGAUAUACAAAGCUGCUAAGAAAAGUGCUGAGAAGCACAAGUUCAUGAGCAUUCCACGACAGUACGAGCAGGACGGGGUCUACACCAUGGAGGAGGAUGUGCGAAGUCACCAUGCCACCAGGAGGUCCAAAGCCGCAGAGGAAUGCGCCAUCCUGUCCAAGCUCCUCAAGCAUGACCGCAAGAACAUCUCCAUCUUCAAAAGGGAGCAGAAGGCAGCCCGGACCCUGGGGAUCAUAGUGGGAGCCUUCACCUUCUGCUGGCUGCCCUUCUUCCUACUCUCCGCCGCUCGUCCCUUCAUCUGCGGCAUCGAGUGCAGCUGCAUGCCCCUAAGACUGGAGCGGACGCUGCUGUGGCUGGGGUACACCAAUUCCCUCAUCAACCCACUCAUCUAUGCCUUUUUUAACCGGGACCUGAGGACUACUUUCUGGAACCUGCUGCGUUGCAAGUACAGGAACAUUAACCGGAGGCUCUCGGCUGCCAGCAUGCACGAGGCACUCAAGGCAACAGAGAGGCAUGAUUGCAUAUUGUAACUGAGCCCUUUGGCAACCAGUGUCCAACCGAAAGUGGGAACGACAGGCAGCAUCACCAGAACUGCAGGAGAUUUCACCAAACAUUUGAUCUUGAAAUGAGUACAAAUUAUAUCUCCAGUUAAUUUGGUUAGUGAUCCACUAAUGAAAGUUGACUCGUUAUAUCUGCUUCAAAUGCUGGCCACUUCAAAUGAUGCGGAUGGACAACUGAGCUAGUGUCUAUGCUGAAGAUGUUUUGGCCAUGGGCCAGAAUGCCAUGGAAAAUAUGCUAAGUUAAAAGAUCUUCCUUCAUUUCUGAUGCAGAUUCAGAUUUAUUUAUUGAAACAAACAGUGAAAUGUGUCGUUUGUGUCAGCAGCCAACAGAUGUGCUGGGGGCAGCCCGCAAAUGUCACCACACAUUCCAGGGUCAACAUAGCGUACCCACAUUGCUCAGCAGAACAACACAAGCAACAACAACACAACAAAAGAAAACAGCAAGGAAACAACAGCACAACAAAAAAGUGUUUAAACAUUAACCAUUUCAGAGAUGAAUAUAGCAGGAGGAUGGAUAAUCUGUUCUUUUUUUUAAAGCAGUCGGGCACAAGGCUUGGGAUAAUCCAGGAAGACAAUCCAUGCUGGUUCUUGGAUGAAGCAUCCAUAGGAUUUGAGGAAUAGGACAUAAGGAAUCUCAAAGGAGAGGCAACACUUUGAGGAGGGCUGACAAGGAUUGAGAGGGAAAAUAUUAGAGUGGAUUUGCAGUCAAGAUGAUCAACCAAUCCUACUGGCUCAUGAACACCCCAGCAAAAUGUAGGGUCUGGAUCACUGACACUUAACUGGUUAUAGAUCAAUGUUAAAGAAAGCAAGACUGAAUUAUGUUGAUCAAUUCAUGGAUCAAUAAUGGAUAUCAAAAGCCCAAAAUGAGGGAUCAAAUAUUGAACCAAGUUGGUAGAUUUACAUUUGACUUUGUAAUAUCCUAAAAUAUGAAGCCAGGAUGCCUUGCCAUAAGGAAAAUGUAAAUUUAUUUUGAAAAAGCAAUCAAUGUUACAGAAGAAAGGAGACUGACUUAUGAGCAUAUUUGUUGCAUUUGCAGGUGUAACGGUCAUGGAAAAUACACCAAGUUAAAAUUCUGCUUUUGUUUCGCCAGAGUUGAUUCUGCCAGGAUGGUGGAGAUUUUGCACUUUUGUGAGCAGUUGGACACAGGGUGCAGGAUAAUCUGGGAGGACAGUCCGUGCCACUUCUCAGAUCAAGCUCUGGCCAUUAAUGUUAACAAGCCACAAAGCAAGCAGCGACACUGGUCUGCAUGAGCACAGAUUCAGAAGUUCACUUAACGGGAUUUAGGAAGAGAAAGACUCAUAUUUAUCUUGCACUUUUUGUGACCUCAGAUUGUCUCAAAGCACUUAAGUGUAAUUAUUGUUAAAAAGUAGUAAAUCGACAGCCAGUCUGUGAACAUGUGAGCAAAAUCUAGAUAACUUACUGGUGUUGUCUAAUGGAUAAACUUUGAACAGGACGCCCCUGUUUUUAUAUUUGUUUUUGACAUAGAGCACAGUAACAGGCCCUUCUGGCCUGACGAGCCUGCACCGCCCAGUUAUGCCUGAGGGUAUGGCAUGGGAGAACGAAAUUCACAUUUGGUCUCUUGUGAUUCUACGCAUAUCCCUGUGUUGUUUUCAGAAAUUUGGUCACAUUCUGUCAGCCGUCGCUCAGAAAUAGAAAUCACACAAAAAGAACACAGGCACUGAAAACCUGAAAAAAAAUCCUGAAGAUGCUGGAAAUACUCAGCAGCUGGGGAGAAGUACAGUAGGGUUGGAAACUGAGUGAUUCCAGCAU